UAGAUAGAGAGAGAGAGAGUGAGAGAUCGUUGCAUAGUUGUCGUGAUUGAAGACGAUAUGAGUAGAUCUGGAGGCGCUGUGUGGCGGAAGACGGUGUUGCUGGUGGCGGCGGUAGCAGCGGCGAUUGUAACAUGCGUGAUGUGUAGACAACCGGUGCGUCACACGGUUGGCGGAUCAAGGGAAUUGUGGAAACCGAAUUUUAAUUACACUGAUUGGUCUCUUCAAGAGACGUUCUACACCGGCGACUGGCUGUAUUUCAGAUACGACAAGCAUAUGUUUAAUGUGUUGGAGGUGAAUGAAACCAGCUACAAUAACUGCAAUGACCAAGGAUUCAUCUUCAAUAUCACGAGAGGUGCUGGACGUGACGUGUUUGAGCUCACUGAACCAAAACGAUACUACUUCCUUUCAAGUGGAGGUUACUGCUACAAUGGAAUGAAAUUAGCCGUCAAUGUGGUUGAUUUCCUUCCUGCUCCUCAACCUUCUCCGCAUCCGGCCAAAAGCGGUUGCAAUACGAUCACUGCAAUCAAUCCUCUCAUCUCUUCAAUCAUGAUACUCGUUGCAUGGGCUGUUUUCAUCAAAAAUCAAUGA